CAACCCACUGCACCACCGCACCCCCGAGGGUGGAAUAAUUUAGUGUAAUUUAAACUUUACACGGCGGUCCGAUAAAGCGAGAGUGAAAUAUCAGGUGGAACACGUUGAAGUCGGACUUUCGGAACUCCAGAACUCGCGUUACUGUUUCUAGUCGGACGAUUGAUAGUGGAACUCCAAGCCGGACUGCGGUACCUUUAGUGCGGACGUGUCCAAAGAGCGGCGAAAACAAGAGCGGGGAGGCGCCUCUCGUGCGGGGAUCUGAUCGGUUGCGGGUUCGAAGGACUUUAAGGUUCCCGUCCGCCAUGAGCACGGUGGAGGAGCUCAAGCUGCGGGUCCGAGAGCUCGAGAACGAGCUCAUCAAGUGCAGACAGAAGAGAUGCGCGGGGGAGGGAGACGCUGCUGCCGCUGGUGGCGGCGCUCAUCGCAGGCCGCGCAUCGACAAGAUGAGCGCCGAGGUGGUGGACUCGAACCCGUACAGUCGACUCAUGGCUUUGAAGCGGAUGGGCAUCGUGGACGACUACGAGAGAAUCCGCACCUUUUCUGUAGCCGUGGUGGGAGUCGGAGGGGUCGGCAGCGUCACGGCCGAGAUGCUCACGAGAUGUGGCAUUGGUAAGGUAAUGGACCCUUUUACGUCUUCUGCUUUCUAUGUUUCUCUCCCUCUCUCACACACACACACACACACACCUCAGUUUCAAUCAGUGUGCUGCUCGGCGGCCCCCUGCAGUCCCUCCCUCUCUCUCUCCCUCUCUCUAUCCCCCCUGCAGCUGCUCCUCUUCGACUACGACAAGGUGGAACUGGCCAACAUGAACCGGCUCUUCUUCCAGCCGCACCAGGCCGGGCUCAGCAAAGUGGAGGCGGCCGAACGCACGCUGAGGAAUAUAAACCCAGACGUGGUGUUUGAAACCCAUAACUACAACAUCACAACGGUGGACAAUUUCACACGCUUCAUGGACCGCAUCAGUCAUGGUGGGCUGCAGGAGGGAGCGCCGGUAGACCUCGUCCUGAGUUGUGUCGACAACUUUGAAGCCCGGAUGGCCAUUAAUACAGCAUGUAAUGAGCUGGGCCAGAUCUGGAUGGAGUCUGGAGUGAGUGAGAAUGCUGUAUCCGGACAUAUACAGCUCAUCAUACCGGGGGAAACGGCCUGCUUUGCGUGCGCCCCGCCGCUCGUGGUGGCAGCCAACAUCGAUGAGAAGACCCUGAAGAGGGAGGGGGUUUGUGCUGCCAGUCUGCCCACCACCAUGGGGGUCGUGGCUGGACUGCUGGUGCAGAAUGUCCUCAAAUAUCUCUUGAAUUUCGGGACGGUCAGUCGCUACCUGGGCUACAAUGCGAUGCAGGACUUCUUCCCCAGCAUGUCCAUGAAGGCAAACCCACAGUGUGAUGACCGCUACUGCCGUUUGCGACAGGAGGAGUUCCAGAAAAGGGAGGCUGAGCGGCCCAAACAGGACGAGGUGCUGGACAUGGAGGAGCAGCAGGUGAUCCAUGAGGACAACGAGUGGGGCAUCGAGCUGGUCUCCGAGGUAACAGAGGCGGAGCUUCAAGCUGCCUCUGGCCCUGUUCCUGACCUCCCUGAGGGCAUCACAGUGGCCUACACCAUUCCUGAGGAGAAGGGACACGCGGCGUCUGACGGCGCCGUCGUUGAGGACAGCGAGCAGAGCCUGGAAGAGCUCAUGGCCCAGAUGAGCAGGAUGUAACCAUGGUGACAGGGUGUAGCUUUUUCACUGAUACUGAAGACCAAGACAGUUGUGUGGUGAACUAAACUCUCUAAACAUCCCUUGUUAAUGAGACCAUGAGAGACGGUAAAAAGUAACUCACGUAUAAGAUCAGUAAGACACAAGUGUGUGCUGUCUGUCUGGAGUGUAUGAGGGACCUGGGAGAUAUUAAAAUAAUGCCUUUUAAUAAAAAUAGCCUUGCUGGUACCUGAGUAAUAGCUCGGUGUCAAUCAUACAUUUGUUUCCAUUACAGCCAACGAUGAGCACUGAUUGUACUUAAUGAUCGUUAUUAGCAGUCAUAUCGAUAGUAACAAUCUAUUAGCAGCCACUUUCCUCUUUGUGCAUAUAUUGCUGUUAAAGGCUGGAGUUUAAUAUUUUACUGUUGGACAGGUUGUAGCAACUAGAAAUUGUCAACUGUCUCCUGGAAUUUGUCUGGAAAACAUUGACCUGCAUACUGAAGUACCAAUAAAAUAUUUAUUAUAUGGACUGCA